AUGAUGAAUACUUUGUUCAAAAGAAAAAUUGUGCUGGAAUUUGGGGCUUCUUCUCGAGCAAAAGUUCACAGCUGUGAUACGAAUGUGGAUGAGAUUGCCCGGAUGGGGAAGUCCACUAUUUUGGAGAGCUUGGUGCGAUUUUGUGAUGCAGUGGAAACUCUGUACACCAGGGACUACCUGCGCAGACCUACGCCCAGGGACCUACAACGGCUUCUACAAAAAGAUGAGUCUCAUGGAUUUCCUGGAAUGAUUGGGGAUUAUGGCAAUCGGAAAGAGCAGAAAAGCAUCAUCCUCGAAGCUGUUGCUGGUUUUGAUACAUGGGUUUGGCACGGCUUCUUUGGAGUUGCCGGCUCUCAAAACGAUUUGAAUGUCCUGGGUCAAUCCUCGAUAUUCAAUGAUGUUCUGAGAAGUGAAGGCCCAAAUAUCACAUAUCAAAUCAAUAAUACCGUCUAUCAAAACGGGUAUUAUCUAGUUGAUGGUAUCUACCCGAGGUGGACAACAUUUGUGAAAUCAAUUUCACAUCCCCGAUCCCAUAAGGAAAUUUUUUUUACUGCCUAUCAAGAGGGGUACAGAAAAGAUGUGGAGAGGUGCUUUGGUAUCCUUCAAGCCCGGUUGGCUAUUAUCAGGGGCGUGGCGCGUCUAUUUGACGAGGAGGUGCUUAGGAGUAUAAUGAUGACUUGUAUCAUCCUCCACAACAUGAUUGUGGAAGAUGAGUAUGAUUACGAUGCUGAUGAAGUGUAUGAAUCAGAUCCCAUGAACACGGCCAUGAGGCCAAAUGGAGACUAG